AUGAAGACCCGUACGCCAAUAAAAGUAAGUUUAAUUAAUCCCUUUUUAAAAGAAAGUUAUGAUGACACUCAGUUAAUAACUAUUGCAUAUUUGACAAUAGCAAGAGGAAAUGAUUAUCCAUUAGAUGCUGCUAGUUAUUUAACCGGAUUAACGUUAAUAAUGUCGGGAGUUGUAAUCUUAUUUCGAGGAAAUAAGUACAAGUGGUUAUCGAUAUUUCUGGCCGCAUUCUAUGGAAUAAGUAUGAUAUUAUUAUUAUUUAUUUUAAAAUAUCAAAAUGUAACGAAUCCAUCUUCAACAUUAAGAUUUGUUUAUUUUGUUAUAUGUACUGGAGCUGGAGCAGCCGCGGGAAUAUUCUUUGUGUGUUUAUGGCCAACAGGUAGAAUAUUAGUAGGAGGACUUGGUGGUUUUUCGCUGGCGAUGAUCUGCUUAUCAACUAGAACCAAUGGUUUAAUAUCAAAUCAAUUAAUUAGAUAUAUAUGGAUUGGAAUAUGUACAAUAUUAAAUGCGACGCUAGCGGGUAUACAACGAUUUUAUCAAUAUGUUGCAAUUAUAUCGACAGUUAUGUCGGGAUGUUAUUUACUUAUGCUGGGAACGGAUGUAUUCGUACGGGGGGGAAUGUUAGCAUCGUUUAAAACCUUUUGGGGUUAUAAUCAACCCGAAGAUUAUUUAUAUAUUGUUGAUACAAAUGUUAUUAUUAUUUUGAGUACGAUUGGAUUUGUUGGUGGUACAUUUGGUAUUGGAGCUCAAUUAUUAGAAUUAUGGAUGAAUCAAAGACGUGAAGAUAUUAUUAUCGAUGAUGAUCAAAUGACUAUGACUUCAACUAAUGAGAAAUCUGACUUAAUUGGUUCUUUUACAAAAAAAUUGAAAGGUACAUUUAAAAAGGGUAUAUAA